GCAAGGACUGCGAGGAGUCAGUUUGUGAUUCAGUUCCGCCUAGUCAGUGUGUGUGCGACGUUAUUUUUAGUUCGUGUUUACGUGUCUCGUGUGUUUCUGCCUGGUAAACUUUUUUUUUGUAGUUUUUAGACAUUUCCCCACGCUUGGAUCGUCGUUUUGCACCUCUCCCACGAUAAGAUUAUUCCUCACGCACGCAGUUCGGCAGUUUCGGCUAGUUUAUAAAUAUCGAUGUAAAAAUCGAACGAAUAUGAGGGAAGAAGUAUGUGCCGCGGUUAAGUUCUUCGCCUGUUUCAUUGCGAAAAGUGAGACUUUCCCCAGGGAACAGCUGAGCAACUUUGAGAAACACCUCACCGAUCUUCUCAUAGAAAGAUUUGAGAAGCACUGGUUCCCGGACCUGCCCAGCAAAGGCCAGGGAUAUCGUUGUAUUCGUGUGAACGGCGUAAGUCCCGUUGAUCUCACGCUGGAAAUGGCCGCCAGCAAAUGCGGGCUCCGGUACACGGACCUGAGACUGCCCACCGAACUGACCGUGUGGGUGGACCCCAGCGAAGUAUGCUACAGACUCGGCGAAUCUGAAGGUUCGUACUGUACCCUAGCAACUUUCCCCUCGGAGAACUCCUCGAGGACGUCGUCGGAGUCAUCGUCCGCGUCGUCGUCGACAUCGACAUCGCCGAGGCCCGCGACGUCCCUCGACGGCAGUCCCUCGCCCAGCCCGGCAAGUACGCCGCCGCUCCAGCAGAGGGCGGGCAUCGGCCGCAAGAGCAACCACCACAGUUCCAAGCAGCAACUGAACCAAUCGCAGCAACAGCCGCGUCAUCCCGGAUUCAAGGGUUUCGAAUACGUGGCGCCCGUAUCGGGCGUCAAGUACCGGAACCAUCAGCAGGGCUACAUCCCGACGCCGUCGUCGUCGCUCAGAACGAAGCAGUCACCAAGAGAGAUGAACUUCAACUUCAAUCCGAAUCAUAGGCCCAUGUACAGAUGCGAUGGUCCCCCUUACCCGAUGGCGCCGCCCUUCUACAGGAACGUAAACUACAACAGGAACCACUACAAGAACGUCGUGAGGGUGUAGGGCGGGGCGUCGGCCCGGACCGCGCAGCCGCGUUUCGCAGUAGACGGCUAGAACGGGGAGGCGAACACGACGACGACGACAACGACCACCCCGCUCCACAUCCCUCUCCCAACAACCACUGUUCCGGUUAAUUUUUUUUCUCCCCCCAUUUGCUAUUUAGAUUGCGUUCACUGUGUAUAUGUAUAUUAGAAAAGUUAACUUUGAUAUAUGUGAUUUUUUGACGUGUGAUUUAAGGUAGUAGGAGCGGGCGCGUAGAUUUACCACAAGUACGGCAACGCUGCGGGUCGCUGGCAACCGCGUAAAAUGGUUUUCGUUAUCUGUGAUAGUGAAUGAUUCCGUUCGUCCGGACGAUGAUUGGUCGACCGGAUACGGAAAAGUUUUAGUACUAAACCAACCGGCCUAGUCAUGUCUACCUGUAUUUCCGUCCUUUUUCUCUUUUUUAACCAUUCUGUAGGGCGUUUCAUGUGUCAGCGGAAAUCGGGGGAACGAUAAACGCGUUAGCUCCGAAUAGUUCAUUUGCACCAGCUUCAAAAUCAAAAAUCCUGGACCAGCGAAUGCAAGAAAAUGAGUACUUGGUUUAUACUGUCGCCGUUUGCCUCGUGAAUUAUGUGGGAAAAAAACGUGAUCUCGAGUAGUUCAUUUGAACCAACUUCAUUGGUCUCGCGUUUUGAGGAAAAAACAUAAAUAUCUGGGGCGAGCGGGUGCCGGAAAAUUCGUUAGUUCGGGUUGUUCAUUUGCAUCAACUUUAUUGGUCUCGCGUAUCGAGCGAAAAAAACAGAUGCCUUAGGUCUCGGAAAGUGUUAGUUCGUUUGUUCCGUCGUUAUUGGACAGAUGACGAUAAACAGGUGUGAGUUUUAUUCGUUUGUCAAUAAUGGUUUACUUGUACAUACUGAUCUUUUUUUUCCUUGGCCGGCCCGGUUAAAAAAAAAACAAAUAAGACCCGAAGAGGUCAUCGGGUUGCCAGUGAUCCGCUGUGCUUUUUUUUAAGAUUAGGUCGUCAAUUUGACCCGCGACGCUCGACAACAGUAAUACGCACGCUAUAUUAGUGUGAGGUCAGAUAGCCAAGUUUGGUUGGUCGGUUGUUUGAGUUUUGUGUGUUUUUUUAAUUAGUUGAGACGCACGGAAUUCGUGUUCAUUUAUCAAUAGUGUACUAUAGAAUUAUUCUUUGUAAAUGUUAAGAUUGGAAAUGAAACGGGUUAAAAGAGUAUUUUAAUGAAAAUCCAAAUAUAACCUGCAAACAUUCAUAGGCCCAAUAACCUUUCAGGAAAUUUAUUAUCGAAACUGAUUAUUAGUAUCUCAGAUUUUAAUUUUCGAUAAAAUUGGGAUUGUAACACUAUUGUCAAGUAAUCACGAAUUUCGUUAAAAGUUUUUACUAAUAAUUGAGAACCGCAACAAAAACUGAAACACCUGUAAAAAAUUAUAUGGCGAAAAUCCGUUUGUUUGGAACCGCAACGCUGACAAUUACCAAACAAAAUUGCCAAUGUUACGUCAUCACUAAUAUUGGGAUUUCAAGGUAAGCGACACGCCACCUGGUGGUCACUUGUCAAAGUUCACUACAUUGACGGGCUGCUUGUAAAGCACUUGUCAGAAUAUUUUCCGCACUUUUACCGUGCAAAAUAAUAUGCACUGGAUUAAGAACUUCUUCUAUAAUGCACCUGGAAUGUUCAUUGUUUUCUUAGAUAUUCAGUUAGACUUAAUGUCAAUUAUUUGCAAGUAGAAAAAAAAGCACACUUACCGACUUCAAAUUAACAAAUUUCACUAAAACAAAGCUUGUUUAACUCUUCCUUUUUGUUUUUUUUUUCUUUUACACUAUUAAGCAACAAUUUAAACAAAAAUUGCAAUUGAAAAAAACUGCAAUUGAUUUAAGUUAUAAUGUACUGCACGGUGAUUCAGAUUCUUAUCGUUGCCUUCUUAUUUUGGAGUCCCAAUGGCGUGUUGUUCAGGUUCAGUCGGUCGACGUCGGUGCCGUAACGGACACGUGACGCAUUGGAAUUCAACGCAAGCCCAUUAGUCGAGCGCGACGCGCGUCUCUUGUCAAUUUAAGCGUUUUGUUUGUUGCGUGCGUACCUCGUCGAACGUUGCGCCUGCGUGUGAUGCGCGCGCAAGAAACAAAAACGAAUCGGCGGGUGAUUUCGCGCGCCGCCCUACGCUUGUCAGACUGAUAAAGGUGUAGCAGCACGUGUGUAUAUUCUUUGUUUGUAAAUAUUUUUACGGAGGAAGAUUAGUUUAUAACGUUCCGCGUCACUCGUUUGUUUUUAUUUUUUACUUUCCCCGCGGGUAAAAACAAAUAACCCGUCUACUGUGAUCCGAGCGGAAGCGCGAGUAUAAUAUUUUAUAAUUUGUUUUUUUAUGUCUCCCUCUUGGUUUUCGUAUCUAUAGCGAUUCGCUUUCAAUAAUUUUUUUAUACCGACAGUUCUUGGGUGCGAUGUUGCGUUCUCCCUAUCUCCCCUCUCCCCCUCACCACUCUAUCGUCGCUUUUAGUUCGCUAAUGUAACCGCAAAAUCAAUAAUCCAAGGCUGAGAGGUUUUUAAAGACUUAUUCAAUUGGUAAGGUUAAGUCAAGACGGUCCAAAAUGAUGACAAAUAUCGCUACGUCUCGUAAUGUUAAGUUAGGAUUUUUUACAGUAAAGGUUAUGGUUUAGUUUGAUCUUUUUUUUUUAACCGAAAAUAUAGUUUGGUACAGAAUCGCGACGGCCUAAAGCGAAGCAACGAUGUUUCUGUACGAUUAACAACCCCCCUUCCGCGCGUCGCGGGGGCGGGGCGGGCUUUUUUUUAAUAUAUUUUUUUUGUCUAGUAGGUUUGGUUCUGUUCGUAUCUUUUCUACUUCGCUGUAAUUGGUAAUUAAUAAAUCGUUUUCUCCCCCAUCGCCGUAUAAACAAAACUAACAGGGUGUUUUUAAUGUCGCGCGAAUUUUUUUUCUUUUCGAUGAUUUCGGGUUUUUUGGGGCCGUACGCGUCGCCCGGGUAAAUUUGUGUAUGGAUUCAAGUGCAAUUAUGGCUAACCUGCGACAAAACGAAAAUGUGAUAUUUUUUAUUGUAAAUAUUUUACAAGAGAUUUCAAAAUAAAAAAAAACUAAAUCGAUAAAAUUAAGGUUAUUUUUUAUUGUAUUGCGGAGGCGCGCGCGUAUCUCUCUCGAAGAACCUGUAACUUUACUGUAGAAAUUAUUUGUAUAUGUGUAGAGAUGUUUCAGUGUAAUAUAAAAAAUACCUAUUUAAAAUAUAUUAAUGUUAAGCAGUGCAUUUAAAAUGAAA